CAGCUUGGAUGAAUAUAAUUUGAAUGAUUCUGAAUAUAAGUAGGCAUGAUAUGCAUUUAUUUGUACAGGAAAUGCUUAUUGCAGUAGUUAUUCUUAUUAUGUAAUGGUCUCAAUGAAAUUUUAUUUUGUUUCAGAUCGUACGCCAUGCUGUUUCGGACCGAGCGCCGCCGCCGCUCCACCUUUAUCUUAACCAAAGAAAUUAAUCUCACAUAGACGCCAUAUAACAUGUGAACCAUGAAACUGGACCUACUCUUCAAUAUCGACACGUUCGACAACCGCACUGUAGACUUUAGAGACCUCUCCACAUCAAUGUAUCUCACGGACUCUUACGUCAACAAAUCUUUAGAACUUAAUGAGACAACCAACGACUUGGUCUAUGCACAGUUCGAUGACCACCCGAUAAUUGUGGCUUUAAUUAUCAUAAAAUGUCUUAUUAUGCUGUUUAUUAUUCUAGCAGCGAUUUUUGGGAACUUACUAGUCAUAGUUUCCGUCAUGAGACACAGAAAACUGCGCGUCAUCACGAAUUAUUUCGUCGUGUCGCUCGCACUAGCUGACAUGUUGGUAGCUAUUUGGGCGAUGUGCUUCAAUUUUAGCGUGGAGAUUACCAAUGGAGAGUGGCUAUUCGGGUACUUCAUGUGUGAUGUGUGGAAUUCCCUGGAUGUAUAUUUUUCUUCGGCUUCAAUAUUGCAUCUGUGUUGCAUAAGCGUGGAUAGAUACUACGCAAUCGUACAGCCAUUGGACUAUCCUUUAAUAAUGACAACGGGGAAGCUAGGGAUCAUGCUGGCCGUAGUAUGGUGUAGUCCAGCAUUGGUCUCCUUCCUACCGAUCUUCAUGGGAUGGUAUACGACGGAAGACCAUCUGGACUUUAGGAAAAGACACCCAAAAGUGUGCAGUUUCACUGUGAACAAAGUGUAUGCCGUGAUUUCAAGUAGUGUGAGUUUCUGGAUCCCGGGAGUGAUAAUGUUGUUUAUGUACUAUAGAAUCUAUGUGGAAGCCGAUCGACAGGAGAGGAUGUUAUACAGGAGUAAAGUAGCAGCCCUCCUACUGGACAAGCACCUGCAGAUCAACGGCAUCUCCAUGGGCGAGGUGAUGCGAGAGAGACAGAGCAUACAGAUGCAGCCCGCUUGCAGCAACAAGAUGAAGAGAGAAAGAAAAGCGGCCAGGACUCUGGGCAUUAUCAUGUCUGCAUUCUUGGCUUGCUGGCUACCUUUCUUUUUAUGGUACUUAAUAACAGCGCUCUGCGGUGAAGCGUGUCCCUCGCCCCCAUCGGUGGUGGCGGGCAUGUUCUGGGUGGGCUACUUCAACUCUGCGCUCAACCCGCUCAUCUACGCGUACUUCAACCGCGACUUCCGCGCCGCCUUCCGCAAGACGCUGGACUCUUGCUGUAGAUCGCUAUGUGGUGACAUGCCCCACCGCCACUGCUGUCCGCGGCGCCGCGAGCACCACCACUCCAACGUGUCAUCAGACAUCCAUAUGAACAACUGUGUCAAGUCAACUUCAGCUGACCUGUUGAGGGCUGUGCCUGCAUCAUCUUCUAGGCCAGAUGAGUGCGAUUAACAACCUUAAAGUGGAAGCAAUAAGGAUGGCUUCAACAUUCAAAAGUCUUCAGACAUCCAUAUGUACAACUGAGUCAAGCUGUGGUGUCUAGUCAACUUCAGCUGAUCUGUUGAGGGGCGUGCCCACUUCAUCGUCUAGGCCAGAUGAGUGCGAUUAACAACUUAAGUGUAAGCAAUAAGGAUGGUUUUAACUCUUCAAAGUCUUCAGACAACCAUAUAAACAACUGUGUCAACUUCAGCUGACCUGUUGAGGAGCGUGCCCGCUUCAUCUUCUAAACCAGAUGAGUACGAUUAAAAACCUUAAAAUGUAAGCAAUAAGGAUGGUUUUUAACACAACAAAUUCUUUAGACAUCCAUAUGAAUAACUGUGUCAUGACCAACUGUGUUGUCCACCUCAGCGGACCUAUUGA